GCGGCCGUGCGCCCAGGACGAGAGGGCGGCGGGCCAAGAUGGCGGCUCACCUGUCCUACGGUCGAGUGAACCUGAACGUGCUGCGCGAGGCGGUGCGUCGUGAGCUGCGCGAGUUCCUGGAUAAGUGCGCGGGAAGCAAGGCAAUAGUGUGGGAUGAGUACUUAACAGGACCAUUUGGCCUGAUUGCACAGUAUUCACUACUAAAGGAACAUGAAGUGGAAAAAAUGUUCACACUUAAAGGAAGUCGUUUGCCAGCAGCUGAUGUCAAGAAUAUUAUUUUUUUUGUCAGACCCAGGCUAGAAUUGAUGGAUAUAAUUGCUGAAAAUGUGCUCAGUGAAGACAGACGUGGCCCAACCAGAGAUUUCCACAUUUUGUUUGUGCCGCGUCGUAGCUUGCUGUGUGAGCAGCGGUUGAAAGAUCUGGGUGUUUUAGGAUCCUUUAUCCACCGGGAAGAAUACAGUUUAGAUCUCAUUCCGUUUGAUGGGGAUCUCUUAUCUAUGGAAUCAGAAGGGGCAUUCAAAGAGUGCUACCUGGAGGGUGACCAGACGAGCCUGUACCAUGCAGCCAAGGGGCUGAUGACCCUGCAAGCCCUGUACGGAACGAUCCCCCAGAUCUUUGGGAAAGGAGAAUGUGCCCGGCAAGUGGCCAAUAUGAUGAUCAGGAUGAAGAGAGAGUUUACUGGAAGCCAAAAUUCAAUAUUUCCUGUGUUUGAUAACCUCUUGUUGCUUGAUCGAAAUGUGGAUUUAUUAACGCCCCUUGCCACCCAGCUUACAUAUGAAGGGCUCAUUGAUGAGAUUUAUGGCAUUCAGAACAGUUAUGUGAAGUUACCGCCAGAGAAAUUUGCCCCCAAGAAGCAGGGUGAUGGUGGGAAGGACCUCCCCACAGAGGCGAAGAAGCUGCAGCUGAAUUCUGCAGAAGAACUCUAUGCCGAGAUCCGGGACAAGAAUUUCAAUGCUGUGGGAUCCGUGCUCAGCAAGAAGGCGAAAAUCAUCUCUGCAGCAUUUGAGGAGAGGCACAACGCUAAGACAGUGGGAGAGAUUAAGCAGUUUGUUUCCCAGUUGCCCCACAUGCAGGCAGCGAGGGGAUCUCUUGCAAACCACACCUCAAUUGCAGAGCUGAUCAAAGAUGUCACUACUUCUGAAGACUUCUUUGAUAAAUUAACAGUGGAACAGGAGUUUAUGUCUGGAAUAGACACUGAUAAGGUCAACAAUUACAUCGAGGACUGUAUUGCCCAAAAGCAUCCGCUGAUCAAGGUGUUAAGACUAGCUUGCCUCCAGUCUGUGUGCAACAGUGGGCUCAAGCAAAAGGUUUUGGAUUAUUACAAAAGAGAAAUCCUCCAGACUUAUGGCUAUGAGCACAUACUGACCUUGAACAAUCUAGAGAAGGCGGGUCUGCUAAAGGCGCAGACAGGGGGCAGAAACAAUUACCCAACAAUUCGGAAAACACUACGCCUCUGGAUGGAUGAUGUUAAUGAACAGAAUCCCACAGACAUAUCCUAUGUAUAUAGUGGCUACGCCCCACUGAGCGUGCGACUGGCUCAGCUACUUUCCCGGCCCGGCUGGCGGAGUAUUGAGGAGGUUCUCCGCAUUCUCCCAGGGCCCCACUUUGAAGAACGGCAGCCACUGCCCACGGGGCUACAAAAGAAACGUCAGCCAGGAGAAAACCGAGUCACUCUGAUAUUUUUCCUUGGGGGCGUAACCUUUGCUGAAAUUGCUGCCUUGCGGUUUCUCUCCCAGUUGGAAGAUGGAGGUACAGAGUAUGUAAUUGCCACCACUAAACUAAUGAAUGGAACCAGCUGGAUAGAGGCCCUCACGGAAAGUCCUUUCUAGGCUCUUCAAAGGAUACUUAACAAGUGUACUGCAGAAUGAAUGGCCUCUGAGCAAGGUGCUGAAAGGAGGUGAAUGCUUGGAGCAGCAGGAAUUUAGAAGUGACUUUGGGGCUCACUUCUUAGACUGUUGUUUUCUUCCUGCUUCCGUGUUCCUCAUUUCUUAAAGGAGCAUCAACUUGGAUAAAAAGACACUGAACCAGGCAUGGUGGGUCAUGCCUAUAAUCCCAGCACUUGAGAGGCGGAGACAGGAGAAUUGCUGCAAGUUUGAGACCAGCCUGGGCUAUUUAGUGAAUUCUAGGCCAGCCUGGGCUACAGAAUAAGACACUGUAAUAAAAGACCCCCCCUCCAAAAUAAAAGAGACACUGAUUUUGAAUUUAAGCUCAAGGUCUUCAUUAGCCUCUGGAGAUACAGGUAAGGAUGUGGGGAUGGAUAAUCCACAGCCACACAAAUGUGGGCAGUUACCAAGAAAGCAGAGACUAAGGCAGUAAAAUGAAAACAAGUGGAACGUCCAACCUCUAAUCCACAGUAGUAUAUUCUAGAAGAUGGUGGUUUUGUGUUGAGGUCUUGGCUUACCUUAUCCAAGUGUGUUCUUUUUCCCAUAGGUGAUAGCACAUUUGUGCCUCUAAUCUGUCUAAUUGUUCCUAAGGCAAGUUUUUUGAAGGAGCUUCUUGAUGCAAAAUAGUUUCUUCUCUCUCUGAUUUAGCUAUAUCUCUGUAGGUUCUCUACCUAUGAGGGGCUUUCUGUGUUGAAGAAUAUAGUAAUGAGGAAGCAGCUUCCAGAGACUUUAACCAUUCAAACUUUUGCUACACAUGCUAUUAACUCCCAAGAUGUUUCAGUGUAGGUGCCUCUGCUAAGGCUUCCGCUUUCUUCCAUGUCUGUCAUGGGCCCAGCAUCCGCUGGCUUGACUGUUUCUUCAGCAUGAUGUAACUCUAUCUCAAUGGUAAUUACCACAUGCACUUAUCUAGUAGCCUGUGGCCAGUUGUACAGACUUCAUGCAUCCCUUUUGCUACUUAGCUCUGUUUCAGUCCCUGGCCUUGUGACCUCAGCCACCCCUGCCCAAUCUCAAUCAAUAAUCUUAGUCCAGCAACCCUAGCUCCACUAUGGCUGCAAGGAGUUAAGUAUGGUAGAGAGCAGGAUGUUGAAGAAACUGGAAGUUCAUGUGUGCUCCUGUUUCCUGCUCAUUCUAGCAUCUGGAGGAGGUAUGGGUGUCAGGGAGAAGACCAAACUGAUGGCUUUUCUGCCAUCAUCUAAGUCAUCUCCAGCAAAAUUAGCUGGUCUCCACAUUUGCCAGGUCCCACCCCAGGUGUGGCUUCUAUGGUUGACUACUAACCACACGUUUUCUUCUCACCUUUUUUCAUAUAGAAUUAAGAACAAUAAACUGCAUAUUAUGAGUGGAAGAAAAUUAAGAUUGAAGGGUGGCAGAGAUUUUAGUUUGUUUCUCAUGGACUUUAUUUGGAAGUAGAAAACCAGUUUUGUGUUAGAAAAUUCUUUUUCAAGCCAAGCGUGGUGGUACACAUCUUUAAUGCCCGCAUUCAGGGAGGCAGAGGCAGAUGGAUCUCUGAGAUCAAGGUCAACCUGGUCUACAUAGUGAGUUCCAGGCCAGGCUACAGGGAGACCCUGUCUCAAAAAGACUAAAAAGAAAGAAAAUUAUUUUUCAGAUACUCCAGGGAGAUUGGUUUUACUUUUGAGCCCCAACAGUUGCCAACUUCAACUGCUUUUGGAGAAUGAAAUCCACCUUUUCCCUCAAUGUUUUUAGCUCCUGGGAUGGGAUUCAAGUCUGGUCAAGUCUCCUUGGCUGGGGUUUUUGUGGAGUUAACCGAUACUCAGGUGUAAUCUCACGUGUCUGCAUUCACUUGUCUCUAUUUGCUUGCUCAGAGCAUAGCUAGGUCAGCUCUGAAAAAUGCAUUCAGCAGAAGACUUUAAAAGAAAAAUCAGUUGCUUCAUUUUUAUGCAAAUAGUGUGUAGUGGAUAAUUAUUUAUUGUGUCUUUUUGUGUAAGUUCAUUUAAUAUUUAAAGCUUUCUUUGUCUCAAAGAAGUAUGCCCUUACUGAGAAAGGGUGUGUGAAUGGAACAUUAUUCUUGGAGAGGAUGGAUUAUUUACAUCAUGUCUGGACUUUUGUCUAGUUGGUUGGACCAUUUUGCUACAUCAGUAGUCCCCUUAUUAAAGAAGCCCACAUGCACACUGUUUUCUGUCUUUAU